AUGGCCGACGACGAGUUGGACAUCCGCGAGCAGGCCCGCGCGGUCGAGCAGCGCGACGACGUGCCGUCGUUAGCGCACGUGAAGACGACGGGCCCGCUGUCCGGCGGCGCCGGCGGCAUGAUGCGCCACUUAAAAUUCGCAUUGAACGACGUGCGCUACGAGUUGCGGCACCGGAGGCCGAAGACCGGUCCUGCCGAGUACGACCCGGGCAACGCCGGGCGCAUCCGGGCGCUUGAUCGGGGCGAAGCCGUUCGAUUACGCGUCCGAGCAAAAGACCACGCGCGGCACUACCGCGAAAAAAUGGUCAAGGUCGAAGCGAAGAGGAAGCGGCGCGCGGCCCAGGCGGCGUAUGAUCUCAAUCAGGCGUCGAAGAAAGCUUUAAGUGUGUUUGUCGAUUUGUUGCGGAGGAAGGGUGAUCGCCAUAGGGAGGUCUUCUCGGCGGCCGUGAAUUACGGCGCUUGUCUCGUGGAUGAGGACUCGAAGAACGCGCAAGCGCGCGCCGAGGCCAAGGCGGCGCUCGAGGCGAAGCAUGCUGAUGAGUGGCGCGAGUUCGAGGAAAGGGCCGAGGCGAAAAGAACAAGUGCAAGGAAGACGAAAUUAAUAGAUAAGAAGAAGGGUAGAAUACAUAUGGAGAAGGUGCUGGUCGAGGUCGCCGAGGAGGAGAAGGAACUGAGGAAGAAGCACUGGGACGAACUGAUCGUCACGAAAUGGGGCCGCGCGGUGCUGGAACGAGACAUGCGGGAGCGCCACGCCCAGGAGCUCGAAGAGUUCGCCAAGAAGGCCGUCGAGGAGCGCUUCGCCGCGCGGACGUCGGUCCUCGUGAUGCAGAAGCUCGAGCUCGAGUUGAAGCAGCGCGACGCGGAGAUGAAGGAACGUCAUAAGAGCGAGUGGGCGGCGACGCCGUGGGGCGCGCCGCCGGAUCCGAACGCGGAGGCGCCGCCUCCCACGAAAUGCGAGACGGCCGUGGCCUUCCUGCGGGAGCAGCACUCGUUAUGUAAGAGACAUCGGGGCGACGACGACUAUCUCACGGUCGCGCUGGCGCGGAACCUCGCGGUGGCUUUACUAAGGUCAGAAGCCGCGACGAGCGCCAUGCAGUGCGAGGCCGAAGCUUUACUGGAGGACGUGGUGCGCGCGUCGAGCGACUGGUCGCACGGCGCAGUCAAUUUAGGAAGUACGGUGGGCCCGGACUGGUCCGUGCGCGCGGAGACGAGCCUGGUCGAGAAUUCCUUAGAUGAGGACGACGUCGCCGACGGCGCGCGCUUCGCGCAACUCGUAUUGAUGGACCCGCACUUCGAGCUCUCGCGCAUGCCGUCGCUCGCCGACGCGCCGUCCGUGCCGGACGUCGCGUGCGUCAAGUGCUCGGCGUCCGCGCGCGUCGCGGCAGGCCUCUGCGAGGUGUGUUUUUGUGAGGCGUUUCAUCGAGCGCCCGGCGACGACCGGCCGCUGCCGCCGCCGCUGCCCCCCCAAGAGGGCUCGGGCGCGCUCUACGCCGCCGACGCCGCCGACGCGGCCAUGGUGGCCGAGAUCAAGCGGUUAGAGGCGACGCCGUGCUACUUCAUGGCGCCGAUGCGGAAGACGCCGACGGAGCGCGCGAUGGAGCAGCUGGAGAAGGAGCGGAAGGAGGCGCUGGCGGAGGACUACUAG